UCUGUUGUCCCACUGCCAGCAACGCUUUCUGGAUCUAAAAGAGAAGGAAGCUCCGAAGUAGUUGGGCAACCCCCUGUUUUAAGGCUUGGUCCGCCGCGGUAGUUAGCAUACGAACGGGCGGAUUAACCCCUCGUCGAAACCGAGGCGGCUGUAAAAGCGGGAGCCGAGCCGCGGAGCUGUGGAGAAAAGCUGUCCGCAGAUCAGUGAGGUUAGCCGGGCUUGUGCUAACAGACGCAGCGGCGGAGGAGACGCUUGUUUAGGCAGCUUUUAACUUCCAGCGCCUCGAAAACACGCAAGGACCUCAAGAAACUUUUGCCGACAAGACAGGAGACUGCGAGUAUGCGGCCGGAGCCACGGACGCUGUAGGAUGAAGAGCCCGGCGCACCGCACCAGGGACAUCGAGCGGCAAGCCGGCUACCUGAGGCCCGAGCACUGCGCCCCUCCCCCGCCCCGCUCCGGCUCUGACACCAUGUGGUUCAUCCGCGACGGCUGCGGCAUCGUGUGCGGCGUCAUCACCUGGUUCCUGGUCUUCUACGCCGAGUUUGUGGUGGUGUUCGUCAUGCUGCUGCCUGCCAAGAACGUUCUCUACAGCCUUUUCAACGGGGUGAUCUUCAACGGACUCGCUUUCCUCGCCCUCGCCUCUCACGCCAAGGCGAUGUGCACAGACCCGGGAGCCGUGCCUAAAGGGAACGCUACCAAAGAAUUCAUAGAGAGCCUGCAGCUCAAGCCAGGACAGGUGGUGUACAAGUGUCCCAAAUGCUGCAGCAUCAAGCCCGACAGAGCUCACCACUGCAGUGUGUGCAAACGCUGCAUCAAAAAGAUGGACCACCACUGUCCCUGGGUGAACAACUGCGUCGGAGAGAACAACCAGAAAUACUUUGUGCUCUUCACGAUGUAUAUUGCACUAAUAUCCUUCCAUGCGUUAAUCUUGGUGGCCUUCCAUUUUGUUUUCUGCAUUGAAGAAGACUGGACAAAGUGCAGUAACUUCUCCCCACCAGCCACUGUCAUCCUCCUCAUCAUCCUCUGCUUUGAGGGCCUCCUCUUCCUCAUCUUCACUGCCGUCAUGUUUGGGACUCAGGUCCACUCCAUCUGUACCGAUGAGACGGGUAUCGAACAGCUCAAGAAGGAGGAGAGAAGAUGGGCCAAGAAGUCAAAGUGGAUGAAUAUGAAGGUGGUGUUUGGCCAUCCGUUCUCUAUAGCCUGGCUGAACCCGUUUGCAGCGCCCGACCACGGCAAGGCAGAUGUGUACCAGUACAUAGUGUGAGAGCUGGAAACCUGAGCUCUGCUGCUGUGGACUUAGACUGAUCAAUCCUGGCCUGCCCCCCCUAUUGGCUGGACCUCCAUGAGCAUGAACUCCUCUUCACCACUUCCACAUUUCUUUCGUUUAUGAAUAUUUCAUUGAUAUUUCAGGGUGUUCUGCUGUGAGCUAUUACAUUUGUCAGAGUAUGUUUCUUUUUUAACUGCUUGCCACCUUCUUUUCAUGUCAUUGUUUCCCUCUUGGUGCUGACUGAGAUUAAUGAGGUGUAGCUGUACAAAGAAAAAGAGCUGAGCGAGGGAAAAAGAAAACAUCUCAAAACUAAGCAGCAGCGACAACUUGACAAGAAGCACUUGAUGAGAGUCGGCGAAACCACACCGAGAGACCGAGUUCUGCCUUCUCCACUGUCAAAUUUCCUGCAGUGUGUCUGAUCAUUUCCUGCUUCCAAGACAAAACAAUGUGAAUUCGAAAGUGAAGUCCAGAAUGUUGUCGCUCUAAGCGGCCUGGGUGCCAAGAUGGUUUCUGUCUUCCUGUAAACACUGCUGUGAUCCUGUCGCUUCUUCAUUUGCUGUAUUUCUGUCGUUGCAACAGUAUUCUGCUGAGCUCUGCGGAUGACUCGCCUUAGAACAGUGCAUUAGUGAACGGUGGCAUCUGCUUUUUUUUUUAAGACAGUUGUGUUAUUUUGCCUUAAUGUGACAGUCAGGGUGAGACAGGAUCACAUUGGUUAAGUACUCUUUUAAAUGAGUUUGUUGUACCCUUAUUUGGUGCCAGAUCACUGUGAAGGACAAAGGUAGCCUCACAGUGGCCAGUCGAAGUUAUAAUCCUUAAGAUUUCAGUCCUGCUUGAUUCGGCAAAAGCCGUGGUUUCCGUGGUAACAGCAAGUGGGAUUUCGAUCCGACAGCAAACGCUCGAUGAGCAGCUACUUUGUCGGAAAUACAGCAGAAGAGCAGCUGUUGAAUUUGUUAACAGUGCGGCCGAACGAACUGUUGCUUUAAUAAAUGGGUCCAUAUUUUAGCCGUUUUCCAUCACAUUUUUCCAGCAACGUGCAGUUUCACCCACCACCUUUAUCUGAAUAUUACAACCCUGAUUUCCAAAAAAGUUAGGACGCUGUGUAGAACAUAAAUAAAACAGAAUAUGAUCAUUUGCUAAUUGUUAUUGACGUACACUCAAUUGAAAACAGUACAAAGACA